ACUGUCCAGAUCGUAUCUGAUCCUUUACAUAUUCAAAGUAAAACAAACAAAAAUAAUACUGAAAACCGUCUUUGUUUCGAUCAUUUCAUCCUUAAAGCGUCUUAUGAAAAAUAUUAAACUAAAAACUUGAGAUCCUUUGAUUGCUUUCUUCUUCAAUUCUCUCUACCUGUCACCGGAGAAUCAAAUCUCCUCGUUUGUUGUAAAACACUGCCUCAUCAUUUUAUAUAACUUUCAACUCUUUUUUUAAAAAUGUAUAUUUUUGUUCUUCCACGACGAAUCCACCACUUUUCGUUAUUUUAUACAACUAAUUGUAACUAAACUCAACAAAGUACCCUAAUGCGUCUGCCUAUAUAAACGUAAACGUAAAGCCUCUCCAAAACCGAAAACAAGAUCACAAAAAAAUGGAUGCUCAAAAAUGGAGUUUAAGUUUCAUAUCUCUAGCUUUUCUAUUCAUCACUUCCUCUUCGGCUGAGCUCCUUAUUCAACAGGUCACAGAGGGCAGAGGAAUAGAGCACAACAGUUCUUACAGUCUCGAGGCGAAUCUUGGACUGACAAGAGUGUUAAGAGAUGAGCGACCAUCGAGUAAGAUAGUGACAAUAACAAGCUUCUCCGUGAUUAAGGAGAGAACCGAACCCUACGAAUCCUCUGUUUUUGAGGCUGCUGGUUACAAAUGGAGAUUGGUUUUGUACGUGAACGGUAAUACUAAGGACGGUAAAGGUCCUCAUGUUUCACUUUACGUGAGGAUCGAAGAGACAUGGUCUCUUCCAAGUGGCUGGGAAGUCAAUGUUGACCUCAAACUCUUUGUAUACAAUGCCAAGCAACGCAAGUACUUGACUGUUACAGAUGGACAAGUGAGGCGAUUCAACGAUGCGAGGAAAGAGUUUGGAUUUGCACAACUGAUUCCUAAAUCAACAUUCUACAACACGAACGAAGGUUACAUUGUGCAGGACACUGCUUCCUUUGGUGCUGAGAUCCUCAUCGUUAAACCGGCACAGCAACAAGAGAAAGUCACAUUCAUAUCAAAUCCUCCAAACAAUGUUUUCACUUGGAAGAUACUUCGUUUCUCCACCUUGGAAGAUAGAUUUUACUAUUCCGAUGAUUUCCUCGUUGGUGACCGAUACUGGAGAUUAGGGUUUAACCCGAAAGGGGAUGGAGGAGGAAGACCACAUGCACUUCCACUCUACCUAUACGCUCAAGGCUUUAAGCCAAACGCAGUCGCUACAAACACUUGGGGAGCGGUUAAUCUGCGUUUGAAGAAUCAAAGAAGCUCCAACCACAAACAAUUAUAUUCUGCAGCUUGGUACCCGAUUCGAAGCGGUUAUGGUGUGGGAGUGAACAAUAUCAUAUUGUUUUCAGAAUUAAGAGAUGCAUCGAAAGGGUAUUUGGUGAAUGAUGCCAUUGUCUUUGAAGCUCAAAUGGUUAAGGUGUCUGUGACCAACAUCGUUUCCGUUUAAAGAUCUCUCUACUUCUUUAUCGUCUAUCAAACGUACAACUUUAUGAAUAAAAAGAUACGUUUGUAAUAAGAUGAAGUUGUGUUGAUGCUUGUGAUGUAAUCGCCAGUUCUGUUCCUCGAGUUUCCUUUUUUUUCUGUUAUGUUAAUAAUGAAAUGACAUUCUCUUGGUUUUAACUU